GUGUUAAAAAGUAAUACGUUAUUAAAAGGGGAAAAAAGUUAUAAAUGGAAAAAAUAAUGCUUCUUUGGAAUAAAACCACUAACAUAAAUAUAAAACUAAUAAAAUUUAUUAAGCGAAAAUGGAUCCCUUUUGGAAUCCCCCAAGUUAUGGGAAUCCGGAGAAGUGGCCAGUGGGAUAUGGGGAAGGUUCCCGGCACCCCGGCGGCGGCGGCACAGACAGUUACUAUGAACAACUCUCCCCGCUUCCACCGUUCCCACCACAAUAUCAAUACCCUCAUGACUAUCAACAACCUCCGCCGUCGCCUCCCCGGCAAUAUCAGUACUACCCUCAUGACUACCAACAACCUCCGUCGUCGCCUCCGGUGUUCCCAAACUACCAAUACCCUGACAGCUGUCACUACGCUUCCACGGCUCACUCUCAAACCCACCCUACUUACGGCCAAGGUGUUGGCGGAGGCGGCGGCGGCGGCAAUUAUUACGGCCGGUUCCCGGCGUACUAUGAGCAGCAGGAAAGCAGCGUCGGCAGCAACGUUUUCCCACCGCCGCCGGAAGAGCGCGAAGAAGAGCGGCUUCCGAAGUUUUCGGAGCAGUACCAUUUUCACCAGGGGCCGGACGGCAAAACAAUCAAAACGGUGAUCAAAAAGUACCUGCCUUGGAAUGACAAAAAGAACAAGAAAAAGUGAUUAUUAGGAUUUAGGACCAUGGGCUAUAAUAAUAUACUCCCUAAUUCUUCCUUAAUUGCUUAGUUUAAUACGGGGUAAGUUCUUUAA